CAGAAUUAGUUUGCGGCUAUUAAAACCACACGGAAUAAUAUAAAUUGUAUUUCCAUUUGUUCGAAAAGUAAACAGUUUUCUUCGCAAGUUAGUAUCUAAAUUCCAUAUUCCAUAAAGUAUAUUAUAUUUUGCAAGUGCUUUUGACAUAUCAACGGAAGUAUUAGGCAGGUAUCUAAUUAGGAUUAUUUUCUUUAAAAUUGAUAUUGAGGAAUAAGAAGAGUUUUCCAAAUUUUCAUGACCUCAUAAAUCAAAAAAAAGUUUAAAAUGUUUUUGAUCCUUGGAGUAAUACUAUUAACUACUCUUAUCUACUACUAUAUGAUAAAUCCGCUUUCCCACUGGAGAGAGCGGGGUAUUCUACAGAAAGGCGUUUUAGAAUCUUUCCACUUUUCAUGGUUUGGUAUUUUUUACCGCGUUUCUAUGGCAGACAAUAUAAUAAAAGCCUACAAUGACUUUCCUGGAACCAGAUAUUAUGGUUUAUAUCAGUUCAAUGUUCCUACAAUGCUACUCAAAGACGUCGAUUUGAUCAAGCAAAUGGUGAUAAAGGACUUCGAUCAUUUCAAUGAACAUCGUGCUUUUGCUAGGGAAGAUGUUGAUCCCAUGUGGGCCAAGAAUUUGUUUUCAUUAACAGGUAACAAAUGGAGAAACAUGCGAUCCACCCUUAGCCCUUCUUUCACCAGCAGCAAGAUGAAAGGAAUGUUUGUCUUAAUGAAAGCUAACGCUGAAAGAUUCGUCAAUUUUUAUCUCAAUCAAAACAAAGAGAUUAUUCAGGUAGAAAUGAAAGAAGUAUCUACACGAUAUAGUAACGAUGUUAUAGCUUCCACAGCCUUUGGAUUCGACUGUGAUUCCCUGGCUGAGCCAAACAAUGAGUUCUACAUAAUGGGAAAAAAUCUCACCGCCUUUGGUAGAUUCAGUACGAUAAUUAGAUUUCUUUUUAGCAUGUUUCUACCAAAUGUAGCUAAGCUUUUUAACAUUCGAAUCAUCAAACAAGAAGUUGGCAACUUCUUUACCAAAAUUAUUGAAGAUUCUAUUAAAAUGAGAGAACAAAAAGGAUUAGUCAGGCCAGAUAUGAUCCAUUUACUGUUAGAGGCAAGAAAAGGAAACUCAAAAGCAGACGAUCAGCAUACUACUGCUGAUACUGGAUAUGCUACUGUCGAAGAACAUCUUAAAACUGAAAUAAAAACUGAUAUCACCAACGAAGACAUCGUCGCCCAAGCUCUUGUCUUCUUCUUUGCUGGUUUCGAUUCCAGUUCUAAUUUGAUGAGCUUCAUGGGAUACGAAUUAUGUGCUAAUCCAGAUAUCCAAGACAGGCUAAGAGAAGAAAUUAAAGAAACUUUGGAAAACUGUAACGAAAAAUUAACAUACGAAGCUCUUGUUGACAUGAAGUAUAUGGAUAUGGUAGUGACAGAGACUCUACGAAAGUGGCCAGCAAUGCCAGCAAUGGACAGAAUCUGCACCAAACCAUAUACCAUCGAACCAGUUCUACCUGAAGAAAAGCCAGUUCAACUAAUACCAGGAGACAUAGUAACUCUACCCAUAUAUUCCAUCCAUCACGAUCCUGAACUGUUUCCAGAUCCAGAAACUUUUGAUCCCGAAAGAUUCAGCGAAGAAAACAAAGCGGAUCUUAAACCUUACUCUUAUAUGCCAUUUGGUUUGGGGCCUAGGAAUUGUAUCGGCUCCAGAUUUGCGCUUCUAGAAACUAAAAUCCUAUUUUUCUACAUUUUAAAAUAUUUUAAAAUAGUUCCUGUUGAAAAAUCUGAUAUACCUAUCAAAUUAGAUAAGAGUGUAUUUCAGUUUGUACCAAGUAAAGGUAUUACUGUAGGAUUUGAACGUAUUAAAUUAUAAUUGAUUCAGUGAAUUUGUACCCUACGAGCUCCCUAGUGGGAAAGUUUUGGGGUAGUUCUGAUUUCUUUCAUUAUAUAUGGAUUUUGGGCCGCUGAAUCUGAAUAUGAGGUUUGCGGACAAAAUUUCUUGCCGGAACAUUGAAAAAAUCGCGAAAAAAUCGAAAAAUUUCAUCUUUUUUCCGAUUUUUUGCUCAAAUCUCGAAAACUAUUAACUUUUAGUAAAUGGUCUGUUAAUAGAAAUUAAAGUACUUAAAAUUAUCUACAAACACCACUAUUUACUUCUUUUUCAGACGAACCGUUCGGUCUAAAGUGCAAGUUGAAAAUUGCCAAUUUUUAACGGUCUCGGCAAAACCCACUUUUUACAUUCCAACACUUUAGUUUUUAUUAGAAUGCUGUCAUUUGAUAAAUUUCUCCUAGUUUUCUGUACAAAUUAUAAAUGUUAGUUCAUAAUAUGAAUAUGGUAUGUCUCUUCUCACAGCUUCCAUGAAUCCAUUCCAUCCUAAAAUACCGAUAAUGUCUCUGCUUUUCCCUUAGAGCCACAGAAGAUCAGGCACAGAUGGAGUAACAGUUUCAGUUGGUGUGAACAUUCCCUUCGAAUGUUGAUUUCUGAUAAACCUUGAGGUUUUGUCCUUUCAAAAUGUAAUAGUUGAACAGCUCUCUGACUUCCAUAAACCUCAGGUGCGGGUUUAGUUUUUAGCCGAGGAAUGGAUUGGUUAGGAGCUAUUGCAUGUUUAGGUGCAAUACAAGAAAUGCCACCCAUGACGUAAAAAGUGUGGUAUCCGUUCAUUAUAUGUACGUUAACCCUUUCUGUCCCAACGCUGCAUAUAUAUGUUUUUGAAAAAGUGGGUCUGUAUUCCCAGCCGCCGUAUAUAUACGUUCAAGGUGUUAUGGUCUCAAUUCUCAAUUUUCCAAAAGCCGAAAAUAUGCGUUGCUUAUAAAAUUUUAGACUCAUUGGUGUCCCAAAGCCUCAAAAUGUUGCCACCUAAGACAGGUCAUGCGGACCCAUUGCCGUAUAUAUUUGUUCACAUAUUUUAGAUAUAUAUAUGCUAUAUUGUAGCACUGGUGGCAACGCUUAUAGGUAGCUGCUAGGAGUUGAAGCGUUUGUAGCCGCAGAAAAGACCAGAAAAAAAGAAGCGAAUCGAGAUACAUGUGUGCAAGAUGCGGAGUCGGCCUUUGUGUAGUGUCAUGUUUUGAGGAGUACCACACAAAAGAAAACUUUUAAUGUUAAUUUACAUUACAUUAUUUUUUUUUAAGUUAAUUACAUUUUUUUAAGUUUAAGUUGGUUAAAAAAAACUCAUUAAAAAACAUGUUUCGGUCAUUUAUUUGUUUAUUUAUAUGCGACGUAUAUACAGUGCUAGUCAAAAGUCCGUACCCCCCUCUUAUCUUUUGAACGGUUAUACCUAUAAUAGUGAAAUUUGGAGCGAGAAAAUAAACGGACGUAAGCUUCUUAACUAGUCAUGACAGGUGACGCAAUAGUGACAGAUGACAUUACAGAGCCACUGUGACCGAUAUUUUUAAAUGGGACCUUAUGGCAAGUGAUACCUCGUUUGAAAGGUAUUCAAAAUACCUAUUCAGUCAUACUAAUUUUUUGGGUUUAAGUUGAUUUUGAUUUUGGUGAAUAAAUUAAAUUAAUAUAAUAUUGUAGUUUCGCAUUUAAUUAAUAAAAAUUCAAAUGUCCGCCUAUGUUUUUUUUUUGUCAAAAAAAGUUGACGUUUUUCAAUUCUCUAGUAGUUUUUACGACAACAUCAACCUUUUUGACAAGUAAUCAUAGGCGGAAUUUAGAAUUUUUAUUAAUUUUAAAUGCGAAACUACAAUUUUAUAUUAUUUCAUUUAUUCAUCAAAAUUAGCUUAAACUCAAACAAAAUUAGUAUGUCUGAAUAGUUAUUUUCAAUACCUUUCAAACGAUGUAUCACUUGUCAUAAGGUCCCAUUUAAAAUUAUCUGUCACAGUGGCGCUGUAUAGUCAUCUGUCACUAUUACGUCACCUGUCAUGACUAGUUAAGAAGCUUACGUCCGUUUAUUUCCUCCCUCCAAAUUUCACUAUUAUAGGUGUAACCGUUCAAAAGAUAAGAGGGGGGGUACGGAACUUUUGAUUAGCACUGUAUAAGGCAAUGGGACUCUAAGCAUGAAAAAACCUUUGGGACUGAGGGACCAACAUGUAAAUUAAGGCCUGGCAUAGAAAGGGUUAAAAUCAGCGUUUUCGAACACCUGUUGUGUAAAGCACGGCUGGUCAAUUUUCUGCGGAUCGCCUGCGAUUGCUGACACUUCCAGAUAAGCAACGCGCUUGCUCAAAGUCUUGUAGCGGCAGUAAGGACCAGAUAGUUGGUCUCACCAUUCCUUGCAGGGUUGGCCGUUUUCUCUACAAAAAGUACGGCUUAAGAAAAUAGGUUGAUGUAGUUUCCUCUUUGGGGUUUUGUUCAUCCUAUACAGAAGCUGUUCGUCUGGAAGUGUCAGCAUUCGCAGGCGAUCCACAGAAAAUUGACCUGCCGUGCUUUACACAGCAGGGUACGAUAACGCUGAUUUUAACGUACAUACAAUCGACGAAUACCACACUUUUCACGUCAUAUGUGGCAUUUCUUGUAUUGCACCAAAACAUGCAGUAGCUCCUAAGCAAUCCAUUCCUCGGAUAAAAAAGAAACCCGCGUCUCAAGCGCGAGAAACAAAACCUCAAGGUUUAUCAGAAAUCAAGAUAACAGAUCCGAAGGGAAUGUUCACACCAACUGAAACUGUGACUCCAUCUGUGCCUGAUCUUCUGUGGCUCUAAGGGAAAAGCAGAGACAUUCCCGGCAACUUAGGACGGAAUGGACUUAUGGAAGCUGUCACAGGAGACAUACCAUACCUAUGAACUAACAUUUAUUAUUUGUACAGAAAACUAGGAGAAAUUUAUCAAAUGACAGCAUUCUAAUAAAAAAUUAAGUUUUGGAAUGUAAAAAGUGGGUUUUGCCGAGAUCGUUAAAAAUUGGCAAUUUUCAACUUGUACUUUAGACCGAACGGUUCGUCUGAAAAAAAAAGUAAAUAGUGAUGUUUGUAGAUAAUUUUAUGUACUUUAAUUUCUGUUAACAGACCAUUUACUAAAAGUUAAUAGUUUUCGAGAUUUGUACAAAAAAGCGGAAAAAAGCUGAAAUUUUUCAGUUUUUUCGCGAUUUUUUCAAUGUUCCGGCAAGAAAUUUUGUCCUCAAACCUCAUAUUCAGAUUCAGCAGCCCAAAAUCCAUAUAUAGUGAAAAAAAUCAGAACUACCCCAAAACUUUCCUAGUCAAAACACAAUUUUAUUGAAUCAAAUCUAUUCCAUUGAUCAUAGUAACAAAAAAUAUAAUGUAUUAUUAUUUUGUAGGUAUCAAUGAAAUAUUUAAUUAAAUAAUAAGGUUUUGUGCUAUGUGCUAUAGGUUGAUGGAUGUUUUGUAAAAAUAAAAUAUUUUUUUAAAAAGCAAAA